AUGGACGUGACAACAUUUACAGAGAAGGCUCGCGACUUCCCCAAGAAGAAGUGCGGUGUGUUGGGAGCCACUGGCUCUGUCGGCCAACGAUUCAUUCUCCUGCUCGCCCUUCACCCCCACUUCACCCUCCAUGCUGUCGGUGCCUCUGAGCGCUCGGCAGGCAAGAAAUACAAGGAUGCCGUCAAGUGGAAGCAGUCAUUGCCCAUGUCCAAGGAGCUGGGCGAGCUGGUCGUGAGAAAGUGUACUCCCGAGGAGUUCGCCGACUGCGACAUGGUCUUCUCUGGUCUGGACAGCGACGUUGCUGGCGAUGUCGAGAUGGCCUUCCUCAAGUCCGAACUUGCCGUCUUCUCCAACGCAAAGAACUACCGCCGCGAUCCCCUCGUGCCUCUGGUUGUGCCCACCGUCAACCUGCCUCACUUGGAUGUCGUCCACCACCAAAGAAAGCACUACGGUCUCAACAAGGGUUUCCUCGUCUGCAACUCCAACUGCGCUGUCAUUGGUAUUGUCAUUCCCUUCGCUGCCCUGCAAGCCAAGUUUGGUCCCAUCAACCAGGUUUCGGUCGUCACAAUGCAAGCUGUCUCAGGAGCUGGUUACCCUGGUGUCAGCAGCAUGGACAUUAUCGACAACGUCGUCCCCUUCAUCUCGGGUGAAGAAGACAAGCUCGAGACUGAGGCCCAGAAGAUUCUCGGCCAGGUCAACUCGGACGUGACUGGUUUCUCAGACCAAAGCGAUCUCAGAGUCUCGGCUGCUUGCAACAGAGUCCCCGUUCUGGACGGCCACACCGCUUGCGUCUCGCUCCGCUUCGAGAGAAGACCCGCUCCCAGCGCCGAGGAGGUCAAGCAGGCCAUGCGCGACUACGUCUCGGAUGCUCAGAAGCUUGGCUGCCCUUCUGCACCUGAGAAGGCUAUCGUCGUUAUGGAGGAGCCUGACCGCCCGCAACCCAGACUCGACAGAGAGACCGACAGAGGUUACGCCGUCAGUGUGGGCAGAGUUCGUGAGGAUGAGAGUGGCAUCUUCGAUAUCAAGUUUGUUGCUUUGAGCCACAACACUGUCAUUGGUGCUGCUGGAUCCUCUAUUCUCAACGCCGAGGCUUGUGUCCUCAAGGGCCUUGCAUAA